AUGGUUUCCGAUCUGCCUUACGAUAUCCUCCAUUACGUCUGCAACUACCUCUCUGCAGUCGACGUGUCUUCUCUUCUCAGCUCUUGCAGAUUCCUACAUCGCUACUCUCGAGACGCUUCAAUCUGGAAGCUUCUAUCAGCCCGCUAUGGGCUGCGCGAUAUCACUUAUUUUGGUGGUGUAUCCUUCUACACCGCAUACACGCAGCUGCUUCAUCCCUACGGACCCCUUAUUGGGCUAUGGGCGAGCGAUUAUCCCUACAAGGGGGGAGUGAUUGAAUUCCGCUUUUCAUCCGGCGAUGAGCAGGAGCAGGGCGGCAUCGUCGGCGAUCUGUGGGACUUUGCCGAGGAGUCAUCAACAAAUGGCUCUCUGUCCCUCCCAAAGUAUACGCGUUUUCUGAAGGUCGGUUUCGAUGGUGUUCAUGCGAGUGGAGAUGUUCCAGCAACAGCCCACGUAUCCUGCAGCAACGCUCUAGUGGCCCACCUGCACGAAAGCAGCGUCAAGGUGCUUCCGCCAUCUAACUACGGAUGGUCCUUCCAUAACCGUGCUCGUUCAUCUGCAUCGGAGCAGCCCUCUUUCCCUGACCUACUUCGCCGCGAACCGUGGUAUGACGCCGAGCGCGGUCUGCCCCGGUUGCGACCAUCCCCUCUAACCCAUCAUGACCCAAGAGACCUGUGGCGCCGCCAGAUCGUGAGGGACUUUGAAAUCAUCUAUUCCGCUCGCUCCGACCACGAGGUGCCCAGCGCCAUAUCCAUCGAGUGCACAGAGCCACUCUGCACGCAGCCUUGGCAUCCUCACCUCCCAUUCGUGAAUCUCACGCCUGCCGUGCCGCCGCGCUACUACCCGCUAAAGCAGCACAUCCAGCAAAGCGUGGAUCCGGACGAUGACCGCUGGUCUCCCGAAACGCUCGAAGGGCUCUGGCUCGGCUCCUACGACGUGCACGGCACGGAGCUGCUGUACCUCUCGUGGUGCGCCGAUGAGAAUCUGCUCUGCGCCCACAAGGUCACCGGCGACCCGCACGUACCUCGCGGCGCCCGUACCUGGGCCGCAUUAGUCCCAUCCAACUCUGUGAGCUCGCCUUUGAAUGCGCAGGAUUUCGGUAUGAGGGACGAUAUACGUCGCGUGUUCAGGGGCUCUGAUUUGAUGAGUGUUUGGCGCUCGUGUAGGCGGGAGAUACACAUCGAUGUGGCCGUGGGGGUGGCAGGGCCGGACGAGCUGCAUAUUUGGUGGCAGAUCGGCGGCGGCCUUAUGAGAUGCGUCCGAUAUACGGGACGCAAGAUGAGCUUAUAGGUGCCGGUUUGUAUGCUUGUUCAUUGCUUAUUAUUGGAUUUGAAGC